ACAGCACAGUUUUGCUAAUCAACAGUUCUUCUGUUUGAGUCAUUCCUCUAGAAAUGGCAGAUGCACUCGUUUCUGCAAUCAUAGAGCAACUACUAACAAUCACCACUGACGUAGUGCAAAAAAGGGUGAGGCUGCUGACAAAUGUGAAAAAUGAAGUCCAAAAGCUUAGGUGCAACCUUAUGGCCAUCCAUGCUGUCCUUGCCGAUGCUGAGGAAAAACAGAUGACUAACAGAUCUAUUCAAGUUUGGCUAGAUCAGCUCAAGGAAGCAGCGUAUGACAUAGAGGAUGUCUUGGACGAGUGGAACGCUCAACUUCUCAAGUCUUGUACUGAUGAAGAUGGAAAAACUUCUACUCUUAAGGCAAAGGUAUGGUCCUGCCUCACCUCUUGUUUUCAUCCUGGCAAACUUGUACGGUGUAAUGAAAUUGCUUCCAGAAUAAAAGAAAUCAAUGGAAGACUAGAUGAGAUUGCUAAGCAGAAAGCUAAUUAUAACCUAGAAGAAAGGUAUGAUUGUAACUUAGUAAUAAAGCCAGAUAUGGAACAACAGCCUCUACGGGAGACUACUUCUUUUGUUGAUGUGUCAGAGAUAUUUGGUCGAGAUGCGGUUAAGGAUGACAUUAUAAGCAGUUUGCUCUGUAAGUCAGGAGAAGAAGGGAGUGAACUUAAAACCAUCUCUGUUGUAGGGAUGGGUGGGGUGGGUAAGACAGCCCUUGCUCAACUUGUGGUCAACGAUGGUGAAGUUAAGAAGCAUUUUGCUGAAAGAAUUUGGGUGUGUGCCUCGGAUAUUUUUUAUGAGAAGAGAGUUGCCAAAGAAAUCGUUAAGAGACUUGAAGGUCUCAAAGAAAAUAUCAGUGAUCCAAUUUCAAUGGAAGAACUUCUUGGUAGAAUUUGUAGCUCUAUUGAGGGGAAGAAGUUCUUUCUUGUUUUGGAUGAUGUGUGGGCAGAUAACUGGAAAGAAUGGGAAAGACUGAUACAUACUUUCAAAAAGGGUGCCUCAGGCAGUAGGAUUCUAAUAACUACUCGUAAAGAGACAGUGGCAAAUAUGAUGAAGUACUCUCAUGUCUUUCGUCUGGAGAAGCUAUCUGAUGAGUACUGUUGGAUGAUACUCUGUAGUUUAGCAUUUACUGGAACAAAUGAGAAAGAGCGUGAAAAUUUGGAGGAGAUUGGGAAGAAAAUUUCAGUCAAGUGUAAGGGUUUGCCGCUCAUUGCCAAGACUCUUGGAAGCCUCCUACGAUCUAAGGGAAGAAAAGAUGAUUGGGAAGAGAUCUUGAAUAUUUACCCCAAAGACUCUCCACUCUGGAGAUCUCAUAUAAUAUACUAUUGGAUGGCACUUGGUUGUUUAGAGUCGAAGAGCAAUAAAGACAUGGAGGCAAUAGGAAGUGACUACUUUGAUUUCUUAGCUUCUCGCUCCUUCUUCCAAGAUAGUGCAUUUGAUUCGAAUGGUAGUAUAUACGUAUGCAAGCUGCAUGACUUGGUGCAUGACUUUGCCUUGUUUUUGGCAAGCAAUGAAAUUGUGAUCAAGGAGCUAAAUUCAGCAAAUUCAAAGAUUGAUUUGGAAGCAGAUUCAACAAAAAAUUUAAAUUCAAAUAUAGAUGUGUCUGUCAGAAAAACUCGUCAGUUGGCAGUGGUGCUUGCAAAGGGCGUCUCUUUCCCAACUUCCAUUCAGGGUGCUGAAAAGCUGCGCAGUCUCUUUGCCUUUUCUGGAGAGGACACCGUAACAGAAGAAGCCUUGCGCAUCUUCUUCAAUCGGGCUAAGGCUCUAAGGGUGUUGGAUGUGACUUGGCCUGACACAUACAACGGUCAUUUUAAGGGAUCAAUUAUUCCAAGUGAAAUAGGGAGAAUGAUCCAUUUGAGGCACCUUAACUUUUCUGAGUUUCGGAAAGUAAAAAGGCUGCCUGAAUCAAUCUGUGAAAUACCUUUUCUGCAAUAUUUGGAUCUUAAUGAGUGCAGUGGUCUUGAGAAAUUACCAGAUGGAAUUGAAAAUUUGAUCAACUUGAGAUAUCUGCGGACUAUAAAUUGUGACAGUCUAACUUCCUAUCCCAAGGGGGUUGGGAUAUUGACACAGCUUAGGAAUUUAUAUGGGCUCAUUGUCAGAGCUGACAGAAAUGACCCUAAAGAAUUCAGUCUUGGGGACCUGGAAAAUUUGGACCAACUUCUCGGUCUUUGGAUGGUGCUGAAAGGAAAUUCAUUAGAUUCCAGGGAGGCCAGUCGAGCCAAACUUGAGAAGAAGACACGUUUGGUGGAUUUCAAUUUAGAUUCGAAAGAGGAAUUGGAUAGAGAGGAAGUCAUUGCAGCAUUGAACCCACCUCCCAAAGCAAAAUUAGUCGAGUUUGAGCUUCAUGAGAACUGGUGGCCCGUAUACAGAGACUAAGGACAUAAGGCAUGAGCAUGACGAGUCUAGGAAUAAGAGAGCCGUUCUUGGCGGUAGCCGAAUUAGCUGCUGGUCAAUUUGAAGCUAGAUUGUUGACCAAAUUGAAGUCUUGUGUCUUUUAAUUUCUAACCAGGUAACUUGUUGCGUUGUGUGUUCUUUCGCUUUUAAUUAAUGUUGUUGUGAGCU